GCCCUGUGCCACACCUGUGCCACACCGGGGCUGGGAAGCGGGCAGAGUGAAUGGGGGAGCCAGUGGGCGCGGCCUUAGGGCUCACGUCAGAACCUCGGGAACAGCGGAAAAGCCGGGAGAUCAAACAAAUACCGUGUCUGGGAACGCCGGGACCCUCUAACCUCCUCCCCGCCCGUGGGACCCCACCCUCAUCCUCUUUAGGGGCGCGGCGCGCUCAGGGAACCGCUGCCUUGGACCGAUUUCCUCCCCGUGCUUGCACGUGUGUGAGCAUCUGCUCUUCGCCAGCGCACGCGCACGUGCGUUUGCUUGCACACACCCAGCCGGUGCUGGUUCGCGCACAACCUCUCCGGGAGCACGGGAAAGGGGAGGCGGCGAGACCUUCCGCCUGCAGGGCGCCCUUAUCUCGGUUCCACCCUGUCUGCUUCUCCCGGGCUGCCAGCGCCGUAUCUGGAACUCAAGGCCCGUUCUUGUUAAUCAUCCUGCCCCCUGUCCCGGCUCCGCCGCGCAGCAGCUCGCUUCCCACACCCUGGAAAUGUCGCUGGAAACUCUGAGUGGCCCUCGCCGGCCCGCCCGCCCCCUUCCCGACGCCAGCCCUACGGUGGGGGCCGGGGAAGGCAGCUGGGAACCCGAGCGAGCUCCCCGGGGACCCUCUGCGGCCCCUCCCGGCGCCGCCUCCUGGCCAGGCCGGCCCCUUCGGCAAUGGGCCACCAGCGUCCCCGCGGCGCGCCCCGACGGAGGGCACUCGCACGCCCCGCAGGAGGGAGGGAGGCUGCAGCCGCCCCUCCACUACCCCCGCCCGGCCCGGCCCACAGUCCUGAUCCGGACCCCAAACUCCGCCCGCCGCGCGACGCUCUCUGCCCGGCCUCCGUGCGCACCCCCUGGGCCUCCCUCUUCCUCCUCUCGCGCCCCUCCUGGCCGGGCGUCCUGACCCGGUCACGAGGCCGCGCCGGCCCGCGCGCCUCCCUGCCCUCCGGCUUCCAACGCGCGCGGCCGCUCCAGGCAGGAUCCCUACCGGGAUGCUCCUGAGCCCCCCGGCGGCCGCGAGCCCCACCACCUGGUCGCCGCAGAAGAGAAGGCAAACCUGGAGGAAGCAAGUCCCUGUCCCUGUAUGCUGGUAGCUGAAAAAUAGCUGGGAAAGCCAAAGGCCAAGUCCCAAGAGGACACGCACAGGAGCAGCUGGCACACCCGGCAUCCUCCAACCCUGACCCAAGCAUGCAAGGUCUGCCCUGCAACCUUCCUGCUGGGCUCAGCCUGGAUGACUUCAUCCCAAGCCACCUCCGGGCCCACGUAGGCUCAUCCCCCCGGGGGACACGGGUGCCUGUGAUCCGGAAUGGUGGCUCCAACACCCUUAAUUUCCAGUUCCACGACCCUGCGCCCAGGACUGUGUGCAAUGGCUACAUCCCAGCAACGAGAGAUGCUUCCCGACACCCAGACCCUGCCUGGUACCAGACCUGGCCGGGCCCUGGGAGCCAGCCCUCUUCAAGCCCAAAGACCCCCACCUCCCAGCAUGCCCAGAACUGGUCAGCCACGUGGACCAAGGACAGCAGGCAUCGGGACAAGCGCUGGGUCAAGUACGAGGGGAUCGGGCCUGUGGAUGAGAGUGGCAUGCCCAUCGCCCCCCGAUCUAGUGUCGACUGCCCCAGGGACUGGUAUCGGAGAAUGUUUCAGCAGAUUCACCGGAAAAUGCCAGACCUGCAGCAGGACUGGACCUUCCAGGACCCACCCAGAGUGAUCUCCUGUGCCCCCUCUGCAGACCCCAGGCAUCCAGGGUCCCAGCAAAGAUUUACCCGCAGCACUGGCACGGCCCCGACUUCCAGCGGCAGGAGAAGCUGGGAUCACUCCCAAGAGCUACCUAGAAGCACCUUCAGUUCUACUCCUGGGGCAGCGUCCUUGGGACUCCAGCGCCCAAAUCAGCAGGUGCCCAGACGCCGGGAAAAAGUGGACAGUGUCUGGACAGAAGACUCCUGGAACCAGUUUCUGCAAGAACUAGAGACUGGGCAGAAGCCCAAGAAGCCGCUGGUGGAUGACCCUGUUGAGAAGCCCUCGCAGCCCAUCGAAGUCCUGCUGGAGCGAGAACUGGCCAAGCUGAGCGCUGAGCUGGACAAGGACCUGCGGGCCAUUGAGACCCGCCUGCCGUCCCCCAAGACCUCGCAGGUGCCCAGACGGGCCCCGGAGCAGCGGCCCGCGGCCGGCCCCGCCCCGGCUUGGAGCUCCAGCUCCCCGCACUCGCCUUACUUGGGGUCCUCCCGACCCCUGAGCCCCCACAGAAUGGCGGAUGGAGGAGGAAGCCCCUUCCUAGGUCGUAGAGAUUUUGUCUACCCGUCCUCAGCCCUUGACCCCAGUGUCCCACAGCGGGGCAGCAGCCCGGCCAGGAAGGAAGAGAAGAAGAGAAAGGCUGCCAGGCUCAAGUUCGACUUCCAGGCACAGUCCCCCAAGGAGCUGACUCUGCAGAAGGGCGACAUCGUGUACAUCCACAAGGAGGUGGACAAGAACUGGCUGGAGGGGGAGCACCACGGCCGGCUGGGCAUCUUCCCUGCUAAUUACGUGGAGGUGCUGCCUGCAGAUGAGGUCCCCAAGCCCAUCAAGCCGCCCACCUACCAGGUGGUAGAGUAUGGAGACGCCGUGGCCCAGUAUACCUUCAAGGGGGACCUGGAGGUGGAGCUGUCCUUCCGCAAGGGGGAGCGCAUCUGCCUGAUCCGCAAGGUGAACGAGAACUGGUACGAGGGGCGCAUCACGGGCACGGGGCGCCAGGGCAUCUUCCCCGCCAGCUACGUGCAGGUGUGCCGUGAGCCCCGGCUCCGCGUCUGCGAGGACGGCCCCCAGCUGCCCGCGUCCCCCCGCCUGGCCCCCACUGCCCGCCUGGCCCCUCGCAGCCCUGCCGACCCAGCCGACUGGGGGGGCCACGCCUCGCCCCGCCGCACCGGCCUCUCCGAGCCCAGGCCCCAGGCCCAGAGUUUCAGCACUCCUGGGCCAGCUCUGUCGCACCCUCCAGGCUCCAGCCAUCCCUCGGACACCUCCUUGUCCAGCACCACGCAGAUCCACUGGACCCCAUACCGGGCCAUGUACCAGUACAGACCGCAGAACGAGGACGAGCUAGAGCUUCGUGCAGGGGACCGGGUGGACGUCAUGCAGCAGUGUGACGAUGGCUGGUUUGUGGGUGUCUCCCGGAGGACCCAGAAAUUUGGGACAUUUCCUGGAAAUUAUGUCGCCCCGGUGUGAAUGGUCUUUAUGGCAACUUGGAGCCAGCGAGGAUGGGGUGGGGUGGGAUGGGGAGCUGUAGCACUUUGCGGGGGGCAGGGCCCCCACAUCCUCCUCCCCCAAGACCUGCUCUGCCCGCAUGUGCGGAAACCCCAGCAGCCUCUGCUCGGAGCCCCUUCGGAGCCCCCUGGACUGAUUCCCACCCGCAGCUCACAGGCAUCUGACAGGCGCUCGGCCUUCUCCCCUCCCCAAAUACAGAGGUCUGCUUUGAAGUGGAGACUGUUUCAGGCCUUAUUGAGACCAGACCCGGGGCCCCACGUCCCGCCUGCCGCGCGUUCCCUCUGCAGGGACGGCGCCCAGCUUCGCCCCUGUGGAGUUCCUCUAACUGGAACCAGCCUAGGACCUGAUGGAGACCAAAGGCCGCCUGUGCCCGGAGGGGCCUCCCUCUUGCGCGCGGUCCCUUUGCCUUCCGGCCUCCAGCGGGGGCUGGGAGCGAGCGGGGACAGAGGCAGCAUCUUCGCAGCCUCCAGGGCCUCCUCUUCCCGGCAGCCACCGGGCCGCUCCAGAGGGCUCACAGGGGGACGGUUUGCUGUCCCCGCCACCCAGCUCUCCCCCAGCGUCCCUGCUCCUUCUGGACGAGAACAGAAAAUAAACCUGCGUAGCAGAGCCUUU